AUGUCGAACGAAGUAGAAACUCCACAACGUGAUACUGGUGCUAACGUCACCCACACUGAGCUUAGCGCGGUGGUUAACGCCCAGAAUGCGCGCAGCCAAAAAGUUCUGAACUUCGACAGCGGAGACAAUCUAACGCGCUACACUCAACUGCGCGAUCUUGCAGAUGCACUGCUCGAUCGUUUCCUUGACUCAGGUGGCUUGGAUGAUAUCAACGGGGCAGUGAUCAAUAUCGACAAGUGCAUCGCGUUCCAGCGCCGCGCCAUCGCCAUUAUGGGUGAGAAUGGGGCUUCUAAACCUGGGCAACUUCCCAACCUUGGAUCCGCGCUCAUCAGUCGAUUUGAUAGCUCAGGCAACUUGGUCGACGCCGACGAGGCUAUAACGUUGCAGACCAAUGCUGUUGAGCUCACACCCGACGGGCAUGCGGGCGAGUCGAUGUAUUUCAACGGUCUUGCAGGUCCUUCCUUCACAGAUUUAAGCAUAUUGGUGAUACAUAGUGUCGACCGGGCGAUAGCGCUUCGACAAUAG